AUGCUCACAACUGCCGCCGAAAAAUCAUUUUUCGAAAUUUUAAAAGACUUGGAAUUAGUUAAAACCAAUUUCAUCCCGUUAAACAAGUUGGCGAUUAAACAAAUUUGUAAAAAACAUGCAAAGUAUGUUGGUGGUGUCAGAAGUUCUGUUGAUGCGGGUUACCGUCUUAAAAACCAUACAAGAAGAGAGAGCUUGGUGGAGAAGCAAAGGGGACCCAACUGGUGUACGAAUACUCUUGGGGAUAUUAUUGAGGAUGCUAAGUUGAUUUCUCAACUAACUAAUAGGAUCAUAUUAUAUGGUAUGGACUGUCAUAUGUCCGAUUGGACCCUUGAAGCCAUCAAAUUUGAAAAAAUAUGGGUAGAUAAUAUUGAUGUGGUAUCAGUGGGUAACGAAGCUCUCUUUCGUAAAGAGAUCACACCUUUAAAAUUAUUCGGAAGAAUGGCUGAUGUACGACAAGAAAUCAAUUCAAUGGGAUUUAAAAAAAAGGUUCUCGUAUUUACAUCGGAUUUAGGUUCAAACGUUGAUGCCGCCUAUGUGGCUGCAAAUAAUAUCAUGUGGGCAAACUUUCAUCCUUAUUUUAGUGGUGUACCCGUUGAAUAA